GUAGCGGUGCCAGAGACCCCCCCCGGCCCCCGCCACCGGCUCCGGUGACUCCCGGCCAAGGCCAUGGACCCCAAGGAGCGCAAGAAGAUCCAGUUCUCGGUGCCCGCCCCCCCCAGCAACCUGGACCCCCGCGCCGUGGAGAUGAUCCGCCGGAGGAGGCCCACGCCGGCCAUGCUCUUCCAGCUCUCCGAACACUCGUCCCCAGAGGAUGAGAACCUGCCCUACCAGCGCUCGGGCGAGGGCUGCCUGCUCAAACCAAAGAGGACCAACCCGUGUGCCUACACCCCGCCCUCGCUCAAAGCCGUGCAGCGCAUCGUGCAGUCCCACCUGGAGAGCGGCAUGGGCGGCGGGGACAGCUCCGACGGGGAGCCCGAUGAUGGCUGCGACCCCGACAGUGGCCUCGAGUCUGCCCCGGGGAGCCAGGGCAGAGCCGAGCGCAGCUACUUCCCCGCCGGGCUGAAGGCGCACAAGCGGAAAGGCGGGCAGAAGGUUUCCUUCGCCGGCGGCAUCGACGAGCGCGAGGAGGACCUGAAGUCGCUGACGGUGUCCGAGAUCCCCGAGGACCCCGAGGGCGCGGAGGGCGACGAGGACGAGCCGGGCCAGGAGCAGGACGGCGGCACCGGGGAGCGGCGGCACGUGGGGUUCGCCGAGGUUCCCUCGCGUCCCAUCGGCACCGAGCGCCACUCGCCCACCUUCCCGCUGGGCACCAGUUAGCUGGCACCGGGCACCGGGCACCGGGCACCGGCCCCGCCCGGCCCCGCCGGCCCCCGCAGCUUCGCCCGUGCCCCCCGGCUGCC